AUGGUGACGACGCAUGCCGAGGCGAUGACUUCUGGAACCCUGCCUACCGGUUCCUGUAGAGUCGACCCCGGGGCCAGGUUCAGCCCAGCGGGCAUCUUGACGACCACCGCGUUGGUAGGGCGUGGGUGGAGCCAUGUUUGGUAUGCAUUGGGCUUGUCGGUCGGUUUGACUCCCGCUGAGUCGAGUUGCGGCAGACGCGUUGGUACCUCAUUUCGCGUUUUCUCCCACUCAGCCGCCAAGCUGUUAUUCUCUAUCUUUCACUCGCUUUAA